UAAUUUUGUGUUCAUUGAUUUGUGUAUUCUUGCCACUUAAAAUUCAACCAGCAAGGAGAUAAGGGACCAAAACGAAUAAAAUAAAAACUGUGCAAACUGCGCUGUGCUGUGUCACCAAAGUUUACUCGUGUAAAAACUGAAAGUACGCCCGUUUUUAUUUCUUGGCUCCCUCUAUGCUGGAACAUAUUUUUAUUUUAUUCGCAACGAAAUUGAAUUGGCCAUAGAGCAUCAAGAAAAUCCGGUCAACAGAAGUCCGGCCAACGAGAAGCUCGAGAAAGCUGGUUUAAAGUGGACCGGCAUCAAAAGUACCAGAACGCUGAUCGACUUACCGAAAGAUUGUAGCAGAGUUGCGGAUGUGAGGUCCUGGAAAGUGAUUGGGGUUUCCACAAUCCUCAACUCAGGAGAUGCAGGACACGUCAAUUCCACCGACGAAACCGCAACAGCAACAAACCACUACGCAAUCAUUAGCAACGCCAUUACAAAAUAACAUCAAUCGUAAACUGAAUGGAUUUCUUAAUUUAAAAACUCCAUUGAUUGGAACAACAACACAGGCGCAAAAUAAGCCUGUUAGCAGCUCGAGCACAAGUGGUGGCAAUGAGAGUGCCGGAGCUAAGGAUGCCGCGAAUAAGAGCAUUUCAAUGACCGAUAUGUAUAUCGACAACUCGGAGCCCAGCGAGAAUGUUGGCCAAAUACAUUUUUCCCUGGAGUACGACUUCCAAAAUACAACAUUGGUAUUGAAAGUUUUGCAAGGUAAAGAACUGCCAGCUAAAGACUUGAGUGGCACAUCUGAUCCAUAUGUUCGCGUUACAUUGUUGCCUGAUAAGAAGCAUCGUUUAGAGACCAAAAUAAAGCGGCGCACUUUAAAUCCUCGUUGGAAUGAAACAUUCUAUUUUGAAGGCUUUCCCAUACAAAAACUACAGUCUAGGGUACUACAUUUGCAUGUGUUCGAUUAUGACCGAUUCUCACGCGACGAUUCCAUCGGUGAAGUUUUCCUACCACUAUGUCAGGUUGAUUUCGCUAGCAAGCAAUCAUUUUGGAAAGCACUGAAACCACCGGCUAAGGAUAAAUGCGGUGAAUUGCUUUCAUCGCUCUGCUAUCAUCCAUCAAAUUCAGUACUAACAUUAACAUUGAUUAAGGCGCGAAAUCUGAAAGCAAAAGAUAUCAAUGGCAAAUCAGAUCCGUAUGUUAAGGUGUGGCUACAAUUCGGCGAUAAACGCGUUGAAAAACGAAAGACUCCAAUAUUUAAUUGCACACUCAAUCCUGUCUUUAAUGAGUCCUUUAGUUUCAAUGUACCAUGGGAAAAGAUACGCGAAUGCUCCUUAGAUGUUAUGGUAAUGGAUUUUGAUAAUAUUGGACGAAAUGAGUUAAUUGGAAGAAUUUUAUUGGCUGUUAAACUCUUGGAAUAUCAUAAUGGAUACUUACUACAAGACCACCAACAACGACUACAAUACGCUAUUCGUUUUACACAAUUAGCCACACAAAUUGAUUUUUUAGGUAAUGUUCUGAUGUCGGAUGAAGCGUAUUUCCAAGCAAAACUGUAGAUUGUGGGGCUCUGAAAGACCAAGGGCAACACACCAGCACUAGUUACACCCAUCCAGAUGCACUGUUUGGUGCGGUGAUAUGGCCGAAAAAGUUAUCGGCCCAUAUUUCUUCCAAAAUGAAUUUCUGGGGCUUCUUACAGAAUAAUAAUUACUUUUUGCGACCAACGGCAGAGCAGCAUCCUAAUUUGUGGUUCCAAUAAGAUGGAGUGACUGCGCACACUGCUAGGCACUUAUGCACAAAAAAUGUAACGUAUAAAUUAAAAUUAUAAAUGUUUGAUUAUAGGAAAAAUAAAAAUAUAUA